GUCUGCUACAGAUCAGCUCUGCACGAUUCAUCUUCACACAGUGCACUCAAAGGUCUGAUGCCGGGCGGGUCGCUUUCCUCAACUCCUGCGAAGUACUCCUUCUAUGAACGAGUCCUGGACUUGUUCCCCGGCCUUGGACAUUCUCUGGAAACGCUAAACAGGACUUAGAAUCGAUACAUGGAUCGUGGUCUUUUACUGAAGUGCCGAUGAAGACCUGAUAAACGGAUGAAUUUAAUUUUCAAAAAGAGAGAUCUGGUAGGAUUUUAACGACAUGCCUUCACUGGCAAGGAUAGUUCUUCAGCCCAUCUCUUUUUAAAAUCGAACAUUAAAGCCAGGACCGGUGUCACUUUACAAUCAUCAUGUUUCGUGGACUAUUGGAACAUAAUUGCAGAUCUACCAAUAUGGAGAGGACAUUCUCCCUCAGGACUGCGCAAUUGGUUAUAUAUUUCAUACUAGCAAUAAACUUUGGGGAAGCAGUUUCAAAGAAAUACGUGGAACCUUAUGGAGAUAAUGUUUGUUCUCGUGUUACUAGUAUUACCAAUGUACAAAGAAUACCAAUGAGUGGAAUACAAACCAAGAAGUUCAGAUAUAUGACCAAGUGCAGUGUUUUUGGUGUCGCUAUGUGCAGUAGAUACAGGUUGGUUUAUGUGAAUGCAUUUCGUGAACUGGUAACGACUCAGUACGCUGUAAGACCUGGCUGCUGUAAAGGCUACGUUCAAGAUGGUACUAUGUGUCUGGAGGCGCCACCAACAACAAUGCCUCCUCAGACGUCCACAAGAGGCCCAACGACAGUCAGAACACAAACGGUGAGGGCGUCUUUCGGCGAUGUGUCUCCCAGAGGAUCUUCGGGUGGCUACCCUAUCAAGGAAGGCUCUGGAGCGUCUAAGGGCCAGUCUGGUCAUCGUGAUGAGGUACUCAUAGAUCAGGAAGGAGGCUACUUUGAGGUGAAUCCUGAUUACAAGGGGCCGGCUGUGGAUCGUGUGUUGCCUCUGAUUGCGUCUGGUGUUGCAGGGGUCAUUACCCUGACCGCUGUAGUAGCCUUCGUGCUGAUUUUCAUCAGUAGAAGGAAAAGGAAGCGCAACAAGGUCCAACCUGGAUUUCAUGACUCUGUUCGGUUCCGAACUAACCACCAGCCGAAGGAUACGACUAAGCUCGAGAUGAAGAGAAUGUCAACAGAGAAAGCAUCAGCACACGCCUUAGCGCUUGCUGUCACCAAACCAAACCCCAAGGCAUCCAAGAAAUUCAAGAGAUUAUCUCGAAAAGAUGGACCUUAUGUGGAAAUAUCGGAUAUUCCGGGAACACCGUUCGCGAGAGUCACCUCAAAGACGGAAGAGACGAUACGAUCGGAUCUACAAAACAACCAAGUACACGCUGCUUUCAUCAACAACAGAAGAAGCUUGAACGAAUCCCAACGAAAGCAGAGAAGUCCCGUGAAACGUGGUGGCUCAAUGAAGAUUGUUCCCCAAUACGCCGUGGUCAACAAGCUAAGAAAACCUGACACCGACUGCGAAGAGCUGUUGGACGCCAAGAACAGCCCAAAAAAUAACAACGACGCUGAGGACAACCUCCAUGGAGCUUACCACGCCUUUACACUUGAACAUCAAGGUACUGGAGAUUCAGCCCCGCUGUAUGCAGAUCCUAAUCAGAAACAACAGAACAAGUCAAGAACGUGGGCUUGUCGAGUAGGUUCAAGUCUGAAGGAGAAUCGUGUCAAAGGUGUGGGUACGCUCACACCAGGGAACGUCUUAGCUCUGGUGAAGCAGAGCAAUCUUCGAGAAACAUCCAAACUCUUUACGAGCUGCGGCGAUGGGGUCGGGAACCGCCGCCUCUCGUCGGGUUAUACCAACAAAGAUGAUGAUUCAGAAAACUCGAGUGGGUACAGCUCACUCCGUCACAGCAUUGAGGGGGAACCGGACAUGUACGGGAAGCUGAACCAUGCUACCAGUGUAAAACCCUCAGGUCCGCCCGACACCAAGGGUCAGACAGCUGCGUUAGAAGCAGCAGACGUCAAUGACUACGAUAAACUCAGACGAGGUCCCAAGUCGAGAACUCUGGGGUUGAAAUGGGCAACAUCAGGGCAUUACGAGACCUUAGACGUUGACGAAACAUGAUGCUGACGUCUUUUAAACUUUU